UGUCAGGCGACCAGGAACCUCCAAAGUUAUGGAGCCGCGCUCUACUGGGAUAGGAGGCUGGCCAGCCAAUAAGGCUGCCAUCCCGCUGGCGGCGAGGCUUUCCUUCUUAACUCUCCGGUGAUCCUAGUUUGGAGGGCUUCCGGCCGGAGACCAUUAGAGAAGACACCCGGAAGGCGGAAGUCUUAGGGCGGAAGUGGCCGAGAGAACAAGGAGAAUGGCGGCCGAGGCCUGGCUUUGGCGCUGGGGCUGGGGCUGGGGUCAGCGGUGCCCAGGGAGGCCUGGGCUUCCUGGCCCCGGCCCGGGCCCCACGACAUUUCUACAUUUACUUCUGUUGCUGGGGCCGGUGGCUGCGGAUAUCACCGACGGCAACAGCGAACACCUCAAGCGGGAGCACUCGCUCAUCAAGCCCUACCAAGGGGUUGGUUCCAGUUCCAUGCCGCUCUGGGACUUCCAAGGCAGCACGAUGCUGACGAGCCAGUACGUGCGCCUGACCCCGGACGAGCGCAGCAAAGAGGGCUCGAUCUGGAACCACCAGCCAUGCUUCCUUAAGGACUGGGAAAUGCACGUCCACUUCAAAGUCCACGGCACAGGCAAGAAGAACCUCCACGGAGAUGGCAUUGCCUUGUGGUACACCCGAGACCGCCUCGUACCAGGGCCUGUGUUUGGAAGCAAAGACAACUUCCAUGGUUUGGCCAUCUUCCUGGACACGUAUCCCAAUGAUGAAACCACUGAGCGUGUGUUCCCGUACAUCUCGGUGAUGGUGAACAACGGCUCUCUGUCAUACGAUCAUAGCAAGGAUGGACGAUGGAGUGAGUUGGCAGGCUGCACAGCUGACUUCCGCAACCGGGACCAUGACACCUUCCUAGCUGUACGCUAUUCCCGGGGCCGCCUCACGGUGAUGACUGACCUGGAAGACAAGAACGAGUGGAAGAACUGCAUCGACAUCACGGGGGUGCGCCUGCCCACCGGCUACUACUUUGGAGCCUCUGCUGGCACCGGCGACCUGUCUGACAACCACGACAUCAUCUCCAUCAAGCUGUUCCAGCUCACGGUGGAGCGGACGCCUGAGGAGGAGAGCAUUGACUGGACCAAGAUCGAGCCUGGCGUCAAUUUCCUCAAGUCCCCCAAAGACAAUGUGGAUGACCCCACUGGAAACUUCCGAAAUGGGCCCCUGACAGGAUGGAGGGUGUUCCUGCUGCUGCUGUGCGCACUCCUAGGCGUUGUCGUCUGUGCUGUGGUGGGCGCCGUGGUGUUUCAGAAGCGCCAGGAACGGAACAAACGUUUCUACUGAGGCCGGUCUGGCUGGGAAGGGCCUGACCUUGGGCCAGGGCUCUUAUGUGAACUUUUUUCUACUGGGAUUGUAAAAACCAACGAACCUUAUUUCUUAACUGUUUCAAAGAAAUAAUUAAAAUAUUUUCAUACAUUUUGCUUCUUGCCCAGCUGAGACAGCGGGCAGGGCUGGGGUCAGGGUUUAGCAUCCCCACAGCUGGGGGGUUUUGCUCCAUCCCAAGGCUUGCUCUCAGGAGCAAGCGAGUCUGUAUUUGGGGCCCAGGUGAGGCCCUGUGUAUGGGAUGGCUACUUAGGGUUCCAGGCAGGGUUCUGAGGCCUGCGGCAGCAAAUGGGAUUUGGGAUUCUGGACCUCCCUGUAGCUUUUUACAAAGGAAGACCUCAGCCAAGGCUGGAGGACUGUUCAGUAGGGCCAAGGUGUGACAGUUUACUAAAAGGAGCCCGCCUCGGCCUCAUGCCUGUCCUAAGGGCUUUUUCACAUCUGGUGAUUCCCGGUCCCUUCUCUGGCCUGCAACAGACCUAGAGCAGGAGAUGGUGGCUGUCACAUUGCCAUUUGGGGAAGCAUGACUCUCAGGUCAAGCAGGACUCACCCCAUUUUGCCUGGUAUGCAGUGUUUUGGGAAUAGGGUGCUGUACACACAGGCACUGGGGACAGAGGGGGCAGUGACAGAAAUCUUGAGAUUGAGGUGAUCUGGAAGGAGCUGCUGAGCCAGGAAUGGAAGACAGCUGGAUGGCAGUGCUACUCCCUUUGGGCGGCUUGAGGGGACAAAGCCAGGGCUGAGUGGAAAGUGGGCGAUACCACAGCCAGCUUCUGGUCUCUGCCACCCUCUGCAGUCCAGCUCUGGGGACUCACCAAGUCUGCUUCCUUCCUUGCCAUCCCCUCCCCACACAGUCAGUCAGUGCUUGGUCUCUUACCUCACAAGCAAAGGCUGCCAUCCAUGCAGUGCGGCAUCCUCAGUUCGCUUUGUUGAUGCAGGAAGUGAGUGGUGGAAGCCCAUGGAGUGAAUGCGGCUGUUUUGUUAGUACCACCGUCUUCACCUUCUCUCAGCAGAGCUGUUCGCUGAGCUGCUAGGAGCCAUCUGUCCUUGUCGGAAACUGUUCAUGUUCAUGUGUCCAGAGGUAGUCACAGCAGCUGCCAGCUGCAGCUUGCUCCCAGGCUUAUGAGCCUGUCACGGAGCCUCAGGAACCCCCUCUUUCUUUUUGACACAUUGCUCUCUAAGCAUGCAUUGCCUAUUUGCCGGGACACCACGUGGGGUGUGUCCAAGCAGUUAUGUGCUGCAUGACAGCAGGCCUGGGACCUGAAGCAUCAGGCUUCUGUCGUCAGGAAGCAGCUUAGUUCCCGUUCUAACUUGGCCUCCCUGAUGUCCCGAGUUAUUAGCUACAUUAUAAUCAAGAUUUACCUUUGUGUAUUAGAGCCACCUUAGCAGCUGCUGUAGCAUUGGGAGAUAACUCAAUAAAACACUUGUAUGACAGUACUGGCGGCUGAUGGUCUCUGGGGCUCACUAGUCUAGUUGGGGACUUCCAUGCCAAAGGAGGCACAUGGCAUUCCCAAAGAUCACACCCAAAGCUGUCCUCUGGUCUCCACACACAUGGCAUAAAACAAAACAAAACAAAACCCUGCUUUCUCCAUAUUUGGCCUAGUAAAUCUUGUAGGGUAGGACCAGGGCAGGGUCUGCAAUGAACCUCAGAUGCACUUAGUGAGUCUGUUUAACCUUCCAGGAGGGCCCUCCAUCCGUCAUCACACAGCCUCUCUGUACUUGUGAAGAACUGUUUCUAAGUUCAUCCCCAGAGUUGUCUGUCUGCACACAGGAAUGAUUCCACAAUUAGUUUUUUUGUUCUAUGUUCCUAAAAAUGGCCUUCCUUCAUCAACACUGAAGCACAAAUGUGUACCCUUCCUUGUAUCUUCUCUGCAGUGCUGGAAAUGCAAACCUGUCAACUCACGUGGCCUCCUUUGUCCCCUCCCCACAGAGAUGAUGGUUGUUAAAGUGUUCUUUAAAUUGUGUAUUUUAAAACUUUGUUUUGCUUUAAAAAACUUUUAAAUGGUGUUUGGAUGUAUUCCUCAGCUCUUCAGGCAGCAAGGCUGUGUCCUGGACAUGUAACCCAAGAUGUCGCCCAAGAUGCCUUCUGCUGUGCACACUGGUGUCUGAGCUCUUGGCACCUUACCAGACUGUCAGAUGGCCUCUGGCAGUGCUUAUACCUGGUGCAGCCUCCAAUGUUCUUGAAUUGUGUUCUCACACAUCAUGAGAAGUUUGGGUCUGCAGCUUGUUCCAGUUUCGCUAGCCAGAGCUACGUUGCAUUCUGAAGAGAAUUUUUCUCCCCUUCCCACCCCCACUCCCACAGCAAUUCUGCUGUGUGGUUUUCUGCGCCAGGCUGGCAGUCUCUGCUCACUGGUCACGUGCAUCCUCUGACGCUUUAGUUCAGACCCCUGUUACUGAUGUUGGGGAAUUGUUAUUUUCAGCCUCCUGGUUUGCAGAGGUUCCUUCCCACAUGCUUGGCUUCCUGAUUUGCUAAUGACGUCAUUUGAUGUGCCAUCUGCAUUUAAAUGGCACGUAUUAAUCUUUUCCAAAGAUGAUUUUCCUGAAGGUUUCUAACUUUGGCCUUUAAAAAUUUGCACUUUGUUGAGGUGGGUCUUAUGGAGUGCUGAUGUCAUCGCCCCUGCUGUCUCCACCCAGUUGUGGCCAAGCCUUUCUGCCCUGUCCCUUUCUCUUCUCAUCAGCUGGGAUGCUUCUCCUCCCAGAUGCUUCCAGCAAGGGAGGUCAUGUGGACCUGUGGCUCAGGAGAACCAGAGGACAUAAGGUGUGGAAGGUCUCCUCUUCCUGCCUGGACUGUGGUAGGACCCUGGGGGUACAGAAGCAAGCGCCUGUGACAGGGCUGGAGAGAGCACAUACCUGUUAGAUAGGAGGCCUCCAGGUCAGCACUGAAGCCCUGCCUCAAGCCUUAGAUUGUCAACUGCUGGGGUUUUAUUUUUGUGUGUGUGUGUGAAAGAAAUAAAUCCCUAUUUGUUCAGAC